AUGGAGCGCGGCACUGUGCGGUGCGCGGCCAACUACGCGCCGCUGACGCCGCUCAGCUUCAUCCAGCGCGCCGCGGCCGUCUACGGCGACCGCCCCGCCGUGGUGUACGCGGGGAGGCGGCCAACCACGUGGAGGGAGGCCCGGGACCGGUGCGUCCGCGUGGCCGCCGCGCUCGCCACCCGGUUCGGCGUCGCGCGCGGCGAUGUGGUGGCUGUUCUCAGCCCGAACGUGCCGGCCAUGUACGAGCUACACUUCGCCGUGCCCAUGGCCGGCGCUGUCCUCUGCACGCUCAACACGCGGCACGAUGCGGCCAUGGUGUCCACCCUCCUGAAGCACUCCGAUGCCAAGGUGUUCCUCGUCGAGUCAGGCCUUCUCGGCAUCGGGAGAGACGCGCUACAGCGUCUUGCCGACUCCAGGUCCAGCGCCGCCAGCAUUCCGGUCCUCGUAACCAUCUCCGACGACACCGACUCCAUCGACCCUGACGCCUGCGGAAAUGAGUAUGAGGCUCUCAUCAAGAGUGCCCCUUCGCAUUUCGACAUCCGCUGGCCGGCGAACGAGCUGGACGCCAUCACGCUCAACUACACGUCUGGCACGACGUCGCGGCCCAAGGGCGUGAUCUACAACCACCGGGGCGUGUACCUCAACACCAUCGCCACGGCCCUCGCUUACGACAUCACUCCGAUGCCGAUGUACCUGUGGACGGUGCCCAUGUUCCACGGCAAUGGCUGGAGCAUGACGUGGGCUGUCGCCAUGCAGGGUGGCACCAACAUCUGUCUCCGCCACUUCACGGCGAGGGUCAUCUUCGACAACAUCGCACGACAUGGAGUGACACACAUGGGUGGUGCACCUACGGUUCUCAACAUGAUCGUUAGCGGCGCGCCGCCGCCGCCCCGCGUCCUGGCUAGAAUGGAGGAGCUUGGCUUCGUGGUAUAUCAUAUAUACGGCCUCACCGAGACGCACGGUGCAGCCACUGUGUGCACGUGGAUGCCGGAGUGGGACGCGCUGCCGGUGGAGGAGCGCGCACGGCUCAAGGCGCGGCAGGGGUUCCAUCACAUAGCGAUGGAGGAUGCCGAUGUCAAGGACCCGACCACCAUGGAGAAUGUGCCGCACGACGGCAAGACGGUGGGCGAGGUGAUGUUCCGUGGCAACACGGUCAUGAGUGGGUACUACAAGGAUGUUGAUGCGACCAAAGAGUCCAUGGCGGGAGGGUGGUUGCGCACAGGGGACCUUGCCAUCCGGCACCCAGAAGGGUACAUCCAAGUCAAAGAUAGGGCCAAGGACAUCAUCAUAUCGGGCGGCGAGAACAUCAGCUCGAUAGAGGUGGAGUCCAUAAUCUUUGGCCACCCAGCGGUGCUCGAGGCAGCGGUCGUGGCGAGGCCCGACGACCAUUGGGGGGAGACACCAUGUGCCUUCGUCAAGCUGAAGGAUGACGCAAGUGCCACAGAAGCAGAGAUCAUAGGCUUCUGUCGGGAGAAGCUGCCACACUACAUGGUGCCCAAGACAGUGGUGUUUGAGGAUUUGCCCAAAGCUUCCACCGGGAAGACACAGAAGUUUGUUCUUCGGGAGAAGGCCGGAGCGAUGGGAAGCCUCACGAAGGCCGGAAACAGCAAAUUGUAG